CGGCACAUCAUCUCGUCUGGCUGGUCCAAUCUCUUGUUUACUGCUACACCUCUCUUCUGAUCGCCCUGCGCCCAUCGUCGCGACUUGUUUGCUUCAUCAGGGCCGUCAUCACCUGUCGAAAUGACUUCCCAGGGUCAAGCUGCCGACUACUAUGCAGGCGGCGCACCGCCCCAGCAGCCUCAGGGCGCAUACUACCAGGGUCAGCCCUACGGACAGCAGCCUCCCCAGUACAAUCAGGGCUAUGCGCCGCCUCAAGGACCACCUCCAAUGCAGCAGAACAACGGAUAUCAGCAGAAUGGCUAUGGCAACGAAAAGCAGAGCUUUGAGCAGACAUUCAAGCUCGACAAGCCAAAGUACAAUGAUUGGUGGGCGGGUCUGCUCUUCAUCGCCGUCUUUCUGGGUUAUGUUGCUGUGAGCGCAAUUUCCAUUCGAGGAUACGCGCGAACCAACAGCGGAGGCAUCUACGGCAACGAUACUAACAACUUUGCGCUCAAUUCCAACACGAUUAUCCUUUUCGCAUUCGUUCUCGGCAUGGCUACCGUCUUCAGUUACGCGUACAUCUGGGCGGCGCGCAAGUUCACCAAGCAGUUUAUCUGGAUCACUGGGAUCCUCAACAUUGUAUUUGGCUUCGUGACGGCCAUUUACAUGCUUUCCAGGCGGUACUGGUCUGGAGGUAUUGUCUUUCUGAUCUUCAGCAUCUUCUACGUCUUCUGCUUCAUCAGCUGGAUUCCUAGGAUCCCGUUCAGUGUGCUCAUGUUGCAGACUGUGAUUGAUGUGUCGAAGAAGUACGGACAUACCUACCUUGUCUCGUUGGGCGGCGGUAUUUUUGCUGCGGCACUGGGCGCAUGGUACUCGGUUACGCUGGUUUCAAUUUAUGUCCAGUAUACACCAAACGGAGCAAAUUCCAAUUGUAGGAAUGGCGUUGGCGAUUGCGGCAAUGGCAAGGUUAUCGGCCUGCUCGUCUUUGUCACAUUUGCCAUGUACUGGAUCUCGGAAUGGCUGAAGAACACUAUCCACGUCACCAUUUCCGGUGUAUAUGGCUCGUGGUUUUUUGCGCCCAAUGCUAUGCCUCGAGGUGCAACUCGGGGUGCGUUCAAGCGCGCCAUGACAUACAGUUUCGGCAGCAUCAGUCUUGGAAGCUUGCUUGUGGCCAUUAUCCAGUUCCUGCGACAGAUUUGCUCCGCUGCUCAACGUAACGCAUCCGGCGAGGGAAAUCUGGUCGGGACAAUCCUGUUCUGCAUACUCGGCUGCGUCAUCUCCCUUCUGGAGUGGGCGGUUGAGUUCUUGAACAGAUAUGCGUUCAGCUACAUCGCACUCUACGGAAAGAGCUAUAUUGCGGCUGCGAAGGAUACGUGGAAGAUGAUCAAGGAUCGCGGUAUCGACGCGCUCGUCAACGAGUGCUUGAUCGGACCUGUGCUUUCCAUGGGCGCCACCUUCAUCGCAUACGCAUGUGCACUGCUGGCCUACCUGUACCUCAUCUUCACCUCUCCUGCGUACAACGCGGAUGGAGGCUACACGCCGGUUGUGGUGGCUUUUGCUUUCCUGAUCGGGCUGCAAAUCUGCAAAAUCUUCACGACGCCGUUGAGCAGCGGUAUCGACACGAUUUUUGUUGCCAUGGCGUGGGACCCCGAUGUCCUCAUGCGCGAGCACCCGGACCUCUACCACCGCAUGGUAGCUGUGUACCCACAGGUCCAGCAGGCCAUCCACGCCUAGGGUCGAGCUAUGCACCGAGCCGGGGCUUUUGGUCAGCAUCUGGAGCCCAACUAGAUAUAAUAAUGUUUGACAUCACGCGAUAUCCGCAGUCAUCGAUCACGAUCAUUUGUUGCGCAGUUUUUCACGAUGGUCGUUGCCCAUGGCGGGGCACCCCUGGAGGAAAAGGCUGACCAAUUGGGCUUAGCGCAAACUACCGGCGGGAGAAGGAAGCGAUUGCUCCACUCGGGGCCUAGUUCGUCGAUGACGUAUGACGUCUUCGUGCUUGAUGCGCCCACCCACCAGACGAUGCCAUCGAGCCGGAGUGUGUAUGUAGUCCUGUUGAGCAUCACACGACGGGGCACUGCGUCCACGGCCGAGAAGGUGUUCCUGGCCCUCGAGGGCUGUAUUGAGGCUCGAGUGAGACUUUUUAUGUAGCAUGUACAUGACUGAGGUAUUAAUCUAAUGUCGUUUUCGCCCG